AUGAGACUACUCCAGACCUCCGUGGUGGGACUCGUCGGUCUCGUGGCCAUCACGAGUGCCUCGCCCCAAGUUGUGAAGAGAGACGCCCAAUUCAACGUUGGACAGCCCAUCGACGCCAACGGCAAAGGGGGUCCGAUUUUGGGCGGCACGAACAACGCAAUCGACAGAGAGAACCCAGAUAAUCUCGGCCGGCAGUCCACUGACAGCGGCGUGGUGCCGAACCUGAAAUGGAGAUUCUCUGAUUCCAAGACCCGUAUCCUUAACGGAGGCUGGGUCCGCGAGCAGGUCAUUCAGGAUCUGCCUCAAAGCCACGAUAUAGCAGCGGCUCAGCAGCAUCUCAAGCGCGGAGCAGUGAGAGAGCUGCAUUGGCAUAAGGUUGCGGAGUGGGGUUUUGUGUACUCUGGCUCAAUCAUCAUCGGAGCCGUCGGUGAAGACGGAAAAAGCCAAGUUGAACAACUCAACUACGGAGAUAUCUGGUAUUUCCCUAAGGGUGCUGCUCACUAUGUCCAAGGAGUUGCUGAAGAGUCCGAGUUUCUCUUGGCCUUCGACGAAGCCGACUUUGAUAAGAUUGGAACCACCUUCAACAUUGUCGACUGGCUAGCCCACACUCCAAGAGACAUCUUGGCCAGGAACUUUGGCGUCAAUGCUUCCAUCUUUGACAAGCUGCCCGCCACGAACCCGUACAUCUUCAACGGAACGGUGGCAACCACGAACGUGACAGUUCCACCGGGGCAGUACCUAUCUGGCAACAGUUCGUUCGUUUACCGCACUUUCGAGCACCCGCCCGAGAAGGUUCCCGGCAACGGCGGCGAGUUCAGGAAGAUUGACUCUACCAACUUUCCCAUUGCCAAGACCAUUGCUGCCACUUUUGUCACCCUGAAGCCUGGCGGGUUGAGGGAGCUCCAUUGGCACCCUAACGCAGAGGAAUGGCUCUACUUCCACAAGGGCAAGGGUAAGGCGACUGUGUUUAUCGGAAGUGCAGCGUCGAGAACCUUUGACUUGGAGGCGGGAGACACGGCUGCUUUCCCAGAUAACAGCGGACAUUACAUUGAGAACACCUCUGACACGGAAGACUUGGUAUGGAUUGAGUUGUACAAGUCUGACAGAGUCGUGGACAUUUCUUUGACCCAGUGGCUUGCUCUCACACCGCCAGAAGUUGUCGCGCAGACUCUCAAAGUGCCGUUGGAGUUCGUCAAAGACUUGAAGCAGGAGAAGCAAAUCCUCAUCUGA